GUGCUAUGGGUAUGAAGAGCGAUUGGAAUACUGCACUGACAGCGGCUGGGGAGUGCAUGACUGCACACAUUCAGAAGAUGUAGGUGUAGCAUGCGACGCCACAGAAUUUCAAGAUGAGGGAUCGAAUGGCUAACGAGAACAACUUGAAGUGCUAUACCUGUGGGGAGUUCUUCUCGCAUAGGAGGAGUCUAAAUCGCCACAUAACGGAUGUUCACCGUAAUCGGUCCUAUUCCUGUGAUAUCUGUGGAAAGGAAUAUAGCCACAGGGACAAUUUAAAUACCCAUCGCAGAAUGUGGCAUGACCAGGAGAGAGAGAGGCCAAGAGACAGGUGCCAAGAGGGACAGAGAGAUGUUUCCAGAGGAAGGCAAAGAGAGGUCACAAGGAAAAGGCAGAGGGAUGUGUCGAGGAAAAGGCAGAGGGAUGUGUCGAGGGAAAGGCAGAGAGAUGUUGCCAGGGAAAGGAAGUAUAAGGAGGGAUUGUCGAGGCACUGUACAAAGGAAGUGGAACCUACGAAUGUGACGCUGACUACACCCGCCAGCUCCGGGAUCGAUGCUAUUGAGAUCCGCGUCUCCCCAUCGACGCAGGGAGCGGUGGACGCGGUAGCUGAGCCGAAAGGACGAGGGGGUGGCUUAUCAGGAGGGGCAAUAACUGGAAUCGUCAUCGGAUCAUUAUUUGGAAUAAGCUGUUGCUAUUACUGUUGUUGUAAAGGGGAUAAGAAGAAACCACCAGACAAUGUGCAGAUAACGACCCAGACAAGAAUCGAAGGACCCCUCGAGUCGGGUGCUAUGAUACGAGUCGAGGAUGAGGACAACAUCCCUACAGCCAUUGCUGUCCAUCCUGACCCCGGUCAACCGGACCUCCCACCACCAUCGUACGAUGAUAUCGCCCAGUAUUCGUCGUAUGGUGGGCUAGGACCGGAGGGGGCAUACCCCCCACCAGCAUCGGUACCAUCAUACCCCUCUGCACCCUCCUCCUCCAUGCCCUACCCACCACCUACAGGUGCUUCCGUUACAUAUCAUUUUCCUCCUGGUGAUUCGGGUGCGGUCCCGUCUGCACCCCCUCCUUACCCCGACAGCUAAUCCUCUUCCGGUGUCGCAUAUCGAGGGUUCAGUGACACAAAGACGUACCGGUAUAACUCCAUAUUUUGCCAAAAUAUGUAUUCGAUAUCAAAAUGUUCAGAAAAAUGUGGGCUUUCCAGGAAACGCAAAGACGUAGCUCUACCCGACACCCCAUUGAAGUCAAUGGCUAGUGAAACAUAGACUUAACUCCUUAAGACCCAAGUGCUCAGUGACACAUAAACCACUUUUUCUCAAAAUGGAGUUACGUCUUUGUGUCACUGACACCUCGAUAUCAAAGUAGAUGCAAAUCGAUCCUUAUGACUAAAGGAAGGUUUUCUAUAUGUUUUUUAUGCAAAUGAUCAUCUAUUACUUGUACUGUUCAUAAUGUACUCGGUUGUAUCCAGUGUACCUGAAGAUUCCCAAGUUCUAUUGGGUUGUUUAUAUUAUGUAUCUGUCCAUCAUGAGAAAGUUGUCUUUUGUCAGGUUGCAAGUUCACUCUGACAUCUUGUUUGUCAUUCAUGUAAUAAAAACAU